UAACUUUUUAGGUUCGGUUGGGGAUCCUAAAUCGUAUUAAUAAAUGAACAGUAUUCUCAUGGUGUACAAAUGAGAAAAGUCUUGAACCGACGGCCAGGCAGCACCCAACAGCCUAACAACUGCUUUCGUGGCAGAGGAUUAGCCCGAAAAUACGCACUUCCCAUAAACCGUAAUUCACGCACUUGUGUGAACUCAUGCAGCCCAGGACCAAGCUCGUCUUCCUCUCGGCGAAAACCGACGAGUUUAGAGUACUAAACACUCUCAUAUUGUCAAUCGGAAAACUGAUUGGCAAAAAUCUGUGGCAUAUUGCAGCCUAGUUAUAGCUUCAUUCUGACGUAUCCGAUUUUUGCUGUAUGGAUAACUAGCGAAGUAGCUAGCUUGUUACUCUAGUUUUUUUUUUUAACGAAAUAGUAAGCUAACGUUAGCUAAGUUAGCGAUGGAUUUCAACGUCAAAAGAUUAGCAGCAGACGCCGGUACUUUCCUUAGUCGUGCCGUACAGUUUACGGAAGAAAAGCUGGGACAGGCUGAAAAGACAGAGUUGGAUGCCCAUUUGGAGAAUCUUCUUGGCCGAGCAGAAUGCACCAAACAUUGGACAGAAAAGAUAAUGAAACAGACUGAAGUUUUACUACAGCCAAAUCCAAAUGUCCGAAUGGAGGAAUUUUUGUACGAGAAGCUGGAGAAAAAAGCUCCCACACGAUUUAACAACCACGAGCUGCUGGGCCAGUCCAUGAUUGACUCGGGGAACGAGUUUGGGCCUGGAACCGCCUACGGAAAUGCACUUAUAAAAUGUGGGGAGACGGAGAAACAGAUUGGAGGUGCAGAGCGAGAGUUGAUUCAGAGCUCAGCUAUAAACUUUCUCACACCUUUCCGGAACUUUCUGGAAGGGGACUUUAAAACUAUCUUGAAAGAACGGAAGCUCUUGCAGAACAAGCGUCUGGACCUGGACGCUGCCAAAACCAGACUGAAGAAAGCCAGGAUGGCUGAUGCCAGAGCAGUGCAACUAAACACCUCUCCUCCGCCGGGAGGUGUUGAAUAUGUGGUGCAUUUCUCUUACAUGCUCAACUUCCUGCAUGUGAAAUGGCUGAAGAUGUGGACCGAUGAGGUGAAAAAGGCCGAACAGGAGCUGAGGAUAACGCAGAGCGAAUUCGACCGGCAGGCCGAGAUCACCAGGCUCCUGCUGGAGGGUGUCAGCAGCACCCACGCACACCACCUGCGCUGCUUGAACGAUUUCGUGGAAGCCCAGACCACGUACUACGCACAGUGUUACCAGUACAUGGUUGACCUGCAGAAACAGCUGGGAAGCUUCCCCUCCACCUUCUCCUCCAACAACAACCAGUCCUCGGGCAGCGCUGGGGCCAGCAUCUCCGUGCCCACCAUCCCCCUGUCGGCCUCCCUGCCCGCCCCGGUGGCCUCCUCGGGCUUCAGCGAGCUGCGCAACUCCAGCGGCAGCCGCAAGGCCAGGGUGCUGUACGACUACGACGCGGCCGGGAGCAGCGAGCUGUCCCUGCUGGCGGACGAGGUGAUUAUGGUGUCCAGUGUCCCAGGAAUGGACUCCGAUUGGUUGAUGGGUGAACGGGGAAACCAGAAGGGAAAAGUGCCUAUCACCUAUCUGGAGCUGCUGAACUGAGCUUUGUGUAGGCUUCAUGGAGAGAGAGAAAAAAAAAAAGCAAAAUUGUAUUCCGGCUGUGAUUUCCAUAUUUAUACUGUUAUGCAGUUAACUUUGUAAGAUGUGCUUUGGAGUCUUCCACACUGCCAUGUCUUAUGGAUGGCUCCCUCAGCGGUCCUUUGUGACGUACGGUCAUGUGGCGGAGAGCUGCAAUAUCAACGACCACAGCCACUCGCAAAAGUCAAGGGCUUUCAUCAGCUUUCAACUUUUAUGUUCUCAGCCUUUUAACGUAUUUGACUAACUCCAGACCGUGGCCAAUGCGCGCUCAAGUGCUUUGAUUACAUUUCACUGUCGGUCGUUUCUGUUUAUAUCUUCUUCUUUUUUUCUUUUUUUACUUUUACAGCCUUAUUAAUGUGUACAAAAAGCACUCAAACAUUGACUGAGAAGUUGAAGAUCACUUUUUAUGCAAUGCUAUAGAUGUUUGCUGCCUGCUCCUCAGGAUGUCUAGGCUAAGUGCUUGUUUUUGAUGGUGCCACGAGGUCUUGAAGUGUCCUUCAAGGAGGAUAAUGGGUUUUGGGGGUCACAUGACCUGUUUGUUUUCUCUCCCUUUCAUGAUUUUCCUCCACAGAACUGUGUAGGAACAGUUCUGUGUUCUCACCAGAAGAACCUUGAGGAUAACAAUGUACUGGGUUAAGAGCUUUCCAGUACAUUUCAUUAGAUCAAGAAGUCAGUGGGGCAUGGUGCGCAUGCUUCAGACAUUAUCUUCUUCUACCUAUGUAUGGUUUACUUGUGCACCUUAUGAGGUCCAGUGGUAAAUGCCAAUGAGCAAGUGCCUUUGCUCAAAAUAUGUCAGGGUUAUUAAGAGCUCUUAAGAGCUUUAUGAAAGUUUCCCCACAACACUACCCUUUAACUGAAUUAGGGAGCGAUAUUUUCACCAUUAGCCUUACCUACAAGAGAGCACAUUUCCCCUGCCAAAUACAAUUUUCAAAUGUUUUUACCUAGAGUUGACCUGUAAAGAGUUAAACUAAUUGUUUGUUUACCGCUUAGGAGUUGUUUAUGCAAUAUAUUCACAUUUUUGAUGUGUAACAGUGCCUUAAAAUGAGAACGAAAGCAAAAGGUUGGAACUGAAUUGUGUGACUAAUUUCAGUACUAAGAUCUGAUCAGUUUUUGCUUCACAGCUCUCCACUUUUGUGAAAAGGAGCUUGAUUUACUCAAAACCAGGGUUAUUUUGCCUUCCUGCCAUCUGGUCAGUUAUUAUGGAAAUGUAAAGAAUGUAUGCAUUCUGAUGUAUUAAAAGAAAGGAUGUA